AAGAAACCACACCUGAGGUGGAUAUCUAAAGAAAAAUUCAAAUUUCAAGUGUAUGCUGGUUUAGUUAUUUAUUUGAUAGGGAAGUGGAUAUGGAUUGUCAAGUACAGAAAGAACAAUCUACUGGGUAUCUUUGAAUUUCCAGAAAUAAGAAAGAAGAGUAAAGAGAAAGAAAGGUUUUGAUCUUGCGUAUUGAUGAAGAAGCUCCAGCUUCGAACAUAUUGUAUCUUGAUGUCAUAGAAGAACUGUCUGGAAUAUCUUGUUCACAAGCUUAAAUGAGCUUACGUACAGUGAGAUCUGUUUUUAUUUUUUAUUUUUGCUUCUCUUGGGGACCCCCUUUUUGAUCCUCCUUCUGAGUAUCAUUAUAUACCAAAACAGACACCCAUUUAUUUUGCCAUAAGCUUCUCCACCUUUUUUGCCCAUCUCCUUCACAGCCUGUCAAGCGUGAAUUAUUAUUAUUAGUAUUGUUGUACUUCCUCUAAUGAAGUUCCUUUGUUGUUUCUCUUAGAAAAGUUAGUCUAGUUUUCUUGGCUAGACAGGAGAUUUUCCGGGUAUCUGAGAUUUCUCCCAAUAAAUCGGCUUUCCCAGCUUGGAUUGCUCUGUAGUUAACUCCCCUGGCAUAGGGACUUUAGGAGGAAUGGACCACGGAUGCUGAUCAGGGAAUGUCUGGUGGUAUUAUAAUUAAGUUUUAUUAUGUUCACGGGUUUCCAGAUGGAUGAGAAGAGCUGGGAGAGGGAGUAAGGUUCUCCAUGACCAACCCAAAACAACCACAGGAUCCUGCUGUUGUAACUUGCAGGCAUGAGAAUGGAACUCCAGUAUGCUGUUAAUCUCCUCUCUAGAUUACAAACCAACCGCAACUAUAAUGCAUUGAACACGGCAGGUUCUCCAGAGUUUUACAAGAGGAGCUUGCUCAAGGAGAAUAUACAAAUUGGUCUUGACAGGUUUCAAGACUCCAUGUAUAAAAUGCUCGAACUAUACAAUAGAGAAUCUAUGAAGGAAACAAUGCUGAGACAUGAAGAGACCUUUAAGGAGCAGGUAAGAGAACUCCAUCGGCUGUAUAAUGUUCAGAAGAUGCUCAUGUCUGAGCUUAGAAAUAAGGAGCAGAAGCUCAACCAACAAACCAAUUCAACCAAUCAAGUAAUUCGGCGGAUUGGACCUGACUUCAGUGUCUCAGAUAAUUCAACUGGGUUUUGGAGUCCUGGGACUGGCUCCCAGCCUAACUACCCCUUUGGUAUCUGGAACCAACCCUCUACCCCAACAAAAUCUAGUUUUUAUGGCACGAUAGCUGAUCCAGGCUCUCAAGAUCGAUGCAGUAGCUCUGGGGAUGCUUUCAGAAUUCCUAGAGGCUUUGAUCUUGAAAGACCUGCUAAAGAGGAUAUCUCAGCUAAAACCAGUGUAAUUGAAGACCACUCUGGACCUAUCCUCCAAAGGCCCUCAAAGGAUAAGAUGAUCAUUGAUGGCUCUCAUGAUCCACAGAUCUAUGCAGAUACAGAAAGCAACCUGGAGCUGACACUGACUACUGGAUGUGGCAGUAGAACGAGGAAACCUCAAAAGCAUCACGAACAUUCUUCUCUUAAAUUAUUGGGUUGUCGAGAACGUGAUGAAACCAGGCAGCUGACCUUUUCCAUGAUGUUCAGAUCAGAUCAACAGGAGGAAUUUUGUGACACCAACACCAUCACUCGUGCUUCUACUGCAACAUUUGAUCGAGAGAGCUUGCAGCAGCCACAAUGGUUUUUCCAAGCUCUAAGUUUUAAUAGGGCAUGAACGUUGACUUUGUGUGUAUGCUGGUGAUGUUCUUCCAACGCUAUAUGAACCAUCAUACAGAAUGGGUAUGCAUUGGCAUGUGAUAAAAGCUACCAUUGAUAGAUUUAUUGAAGUAUCUGAAUCAAUUCAGAGACCAUUAACCAAUUACUCAGUCAAUGUUACCCUGGUUUUUGUACAUAACAUUUCUUACAUUUCUUACCCUGAUCCUAUAAAUCUCCCAGAUGUUUUUAACUAAUAUUCAAGACUCAAGAGAAAUCCAUCUGAGUGCAUUUAUGAAAAGUUACUGAAAUUACUUUCACUA